AUGGUCACCUGUCCUAGCUCCAUCGGCACCUGUGACAAUGGUGGCACCUGGGAACAGGGCCAGUGUGCUUGCCGUCCGGGGUUCUCUGGGGACCGCUGUGAGUUCCAGACCAGCUGCGACAACGGGGGUCAGUGGGAUGGCCUCAAGUGCCAGUGCCCCAGCACCUUCUAUGGUUCCCAUUGUGAGUUUGCUGUGGAACAGGUGGAUCUAGAUGUAGUGGAGACUGAGGUGAGCAUGGAAGUGUCUGUCGAUCAGGAGUUCUCGCCGGACCUCAAUGACAACACUUCUCAGGCCUACAAGGAUUUCAACAAGACCUUCUGGAAUCAGAUGCAGAAGAUUUUUGCAGGCAUGCGGGGCUUCACCUUCAAGGGUGUGGAGAUCCUGUCCCUGAGGAAUGGCAGCAUCGUGGUGGACUACCUGGUCCUGCUGGAGCUGCCCUUCAGCCCCCAGCUGGAGAACCAGUAUGAGCAGGCGAAGACGACGCUGAAGGAGGCGCUGCAGAAUGCCAGCCAGGAUGUGGACAGCUGCCAGGACUCUCAGACCAUGUGUUUUAAGCCUGACUCCAUCAAGGUGAACAACAACAGCAGGACAGAGCUGACUCCGGAAGCCAUCUGCCGCCGCGCCGCUCCCACGGGCUAUGAGGAGUUCUACUUCCCCUUGGUGGAGGCCACCCGGCUCCGCUGUGUCACCAAAUGCACGUCGGGCGUGGACAACGCCAUCGACUGUCACCAGGGCCAGUGCGUUCUGGAGAGGAGCGGUCCCGCCUGUCGGUCUUGGGACCAGGAUAGGAAAUGGUUCGAGACCUGGGAUGAGGAAAUCGUGGGCACUUUUUCAAACUGGGGUUUCGAGGACGACGGAACAGACAAGGAUAAAAAUUUCCAUGUGGCCUUGGAGAAGGUGGACACCACUAUGAAGGUGCACAUCAAGAGACCUGAGAUGACCUCGUCCUCAGUGUGA